UUCCUCAACCGUCCAUAGGUAAAAGUUUUUCUCUGUCGCACUACACUAACUUGUCUACUUCUAUGUAGCGCACCAAAACGUUUCUAGACGUUAUUCAGAGGCCCACUCGUCCAAACCUCCGUAGGUCUCAGCCAUGUCUCUAUCGGACCAGAGCCAACAGUGGUAUCCCACCAGCGUACAGGUAACUGUGCUUCAGGCAAGAAGCCUGAGGAUAAAGGGAAAAAAUGGCACCAACGACGCAUACGCCAUCAUGCAAGUAGCCAAGGAUAAAUUCGCUACAUCGGUGGCAGAAAAGAGUGUGGCACCGGUAUGGAAAGAGGAGGCCACGUUCGAGCUGCCGCUCUUCCACAACGGCAACACAGAGAAGUGUACGUUGCAUGUCCACGUAAUGCACCGGGCUCUCGUGGGAUCGGACAAGUUGCUCGGGCACGCAGUCAUCAACCUGUUGGAGCUCAGCGAGGUUAAAUCCCGCAAUAAGACUGAAUGGCAUAAGCUGUUGGAUAAGGCAGGCAAGCCAGACAAAGACAGGGGAGAGGUGCUGGUGGACGUCCAGUUUAUGAAGAACAAUCUGACAGCCAGCAUGUUCGACCUCUCUGCUACAGACAAGCCGCGCUCCCGCCUGGGCAAGUUCAAGGACAAGGUUCGAGGGAAGAAGAAGGAGGGUCUGUCGGACUCGGCGUCUGCCGUGGUGCCGUCCUUCACCCAGGUUCUGACGGACAGCGAGGGAGAGGGGGAAGGGGAGGGAGGUGCAGACAAAGAAGAUAAAAAGAAGAAAAACAAGCUGAAGUCUCUGUUUUCCCCCAAGUCUAAUCUGCAGCGUCACGGACUGUCUCAAUCCAUGUCUGUCCUGGGCCCUCUGCCGGAGAAGGACUCCUCACUGAGUGGCAGCCCCUCAGGCCUCAACGAGGACUCCUCUGAAGGUAAAAAUAAAUUCAAGUUUCUGACCCAUAAGCGCACAGGCAGUUCCGACAGUAAGGCUUCUCAGGGCUCCCUGUCUCUAGGGCGCUCUAAGAUCCAUGCCCCACUUGCAGAGCAGAGUAACCUGUGCAUCAACGGCAGCCACUUGUACACAGAACAUCCCCAUCCCCGGAGCGCACGCACCGGCUCCACCUUCAGCCUUGCCAGCUCAGGCCACGGUUCCAUGGAAGACCUACGCAGAGCCCAGGGCCGUAAGAGCUCCAGCACCUCCAUGGACUCUCUCACGGCCCUGAAGCAGCCCUCACCCUGGGCAGAGGGGGAGAGCAGCAGGGCAGAGGAGGAUGAGGAGGAAGAAAGAGUUAAGAUGGAUGAGAUGAAGAGAAAGGAUGAUCAGGAGAGAAAGAAGUUAGAGGAAGAGAGGAUGAGGAAGGAGGAAAAAGAGAAAAGGAGGAUUGGGAAGGAGGUAGAAAGACUUAGGUUUGAGGAGGAAGAGAAAACAAGGAAGGAGGAGCAGGAAAACAGAAAGAGGAUGGAGGAGGAGGAAAAGAUUAGGGUUGAGGAGGAAAGUAGAAUGCUGGAAGAGAGGAAGAGGAGACUGAAGGAGGAGGGAGAGGAGAGGGUAAAGAAGAAAGAACAGGAAAUGAUUAGGUUACAGGAGGAACAAGAGCGGUGGGAAGAAGAGGAAAGGAUCAGGAAGGAGGAAGAGGAGAGGAAGAUCAGGGAGGAGGAAGAGAGGAUAAGGAAAUUUGAGGAGGAGAUGUUGAGGAAGGAGGAAGCAGAAACAAUGAGGCUUGAAGAAGAAAGGGGCAAUGAACAGGAGAGGAGUGAUAAGGAGCAGAAAGAAAGAUUUAGGGUAGAGGAAGAAAAUAUCAAAACAGAGGAGUUGAGACAGGAAGAGAAAAGGAGAAAUGCACAGAUGGAGGAAGAGCAAAGGCGUGAGGAGGCGAGGGCACCGUUGGAGGAAGUUGAGAAGCAGAUGGAGCAGUAUAGCGAGGCAAAGGUCACCGUGUGCAAUAAUCCUUUUGAGGAAGUCUCUCCCACCAGUUCAUUUGAUGACAGCUCUUCAAAUAAUCUGUUUGAGGAGAACCCUAUGACCACUACUGGACCCAUCAGCUGCCGGAUAAAUAAAGUAUCAGCAGUCAAGCCAAGACCCUCUUCAUGGGGGAACCCUUCAAAGCCUGCUAUAUCUUCCAACCCCUUCUUAUCGUCCUCGUCUCCUGAACUGGAGAGUUCUAUGGACUCCCCCAGAGGCGCAAGGGAAAAUAGAGACGCUAUUGACCCGUCUGCUAAUCUGAUGGAGAAGAAAGACCCUGCCCCUGUGGCUCCCAUCAAUCAGCCCUGGGCUCGUAAGGACAACUGGUCUAGUAAAUCUCAUUGUGCCACACCUACCCUCGCUAAAACAAAGCCAACAAAACCGCCCCCUCCCCUCAGAUGUCAAUCUUCCACGGCAUUGGUGGGAAGUGGGGAUGACCAGGGGAGUGUUAGUGGUAAGGACCAUUCCAGUGUCAGACAGGAAAAGGGCCCUGCUCCACUGCCUCCAGACAACCAGCGAUGGGCUCAUAAGGACAACUGGCCCAGUAAGUCCAACCCUGGUUCUGCCACUCCUACCCUCACCCAAAAAACGCCAACAAAACCGCAGCCUCCUCCAAGACGCCACUCUGCCACGUCAUUGGUGGGAAGCGAACAUGACCUGCACUUAAAUGAGAGUGUUAGUCAGGAUGAUUCCGGUGUCAGGAGGGACAAGCGUCCUGCUCCACUGCCUCCUGACAGACCAAACCAGGCUCCAAGCCAGAUACAGAGGGACCAGAGUAUGGCCAGUGUGAAUCGAGGACAUAAGGACAGAGUGGAUGCCUCCAUGUCCAAAGUUUCUCAACGUGUGGUACAGAUGAUCACGCCACUGAGAUCUUCCUCCACAGCUCCAACAGAGCACAUCAGUGGAGGCCAGAGCUCUACCCACCAUGGGAACCAAGCAGAGGAACCCCUGCCAUCAGCCACUGGGGGGUUGGUGGUUGCAAAACACAAUAAAGGUCCAGCACCCUCCAGGCCCCAGCACCUUCCAGGGAAGACAAUGCCAACACCAACAGUUGAUGUGUUAGAUGAGCAAUCAAAUACUGAGGAACAUGACUCUUCGGUUGAGUUUGGUCCAAAUAAUCCCUUUGCAGAAGACUGCAGAAUGGAGAAGUCCUCUGGAUGUGGUGUAGAACAGAGUCUAACUGGUGAGCGCCAGGGGAGCCCGGACUCUCACAAUCAACAGAGUUGUACCUCCACAGAUGCAGAUCUAGGUCCGUUUCAGAAGCGUGUGGUUGGGGACACAACUGAGCUUCCAACGCCAGAUGCUCUGCCAGCCGAGGAUGUCUCCUGUCCCACCAAAAGCACAUCAGCGAAGCGGGCCCGUGCUCCCUUGCCUCCAGUGAAGACAACAUCCACCUUUAGAGAGGAGGGAGCUGGUAAACAGAGUUCUGGAAAACUACAAAGCCCAGGGGCUCCCACUUCGAGUAAGCUUUCCUCAGGUAACUGGGUAAAAAAGCAGAAUGGCGGGGUGGGUGUGGCACUACCAUGUGUUACACUUGCCCAGCCCCCAUGUUUCCCCUCACCUGCCCCCUCCUCCAUACCCCACCCCGAGCCCCUGAAGGGAUCAGGGGGCAGGAGAGACUGCCCUCCCCAGACAACAAGCUCUGUCCCUGGCCAGAAGACCCUGCUUCAUGCUGGAGCUCUGCCCUCCAUUACAGAGCAGAACAGUGGAGAGGAGGCAGGAGGGAGAGGGGACAGGUCUGCCUCAAGCACACGCAGGCCACACCCAGUAAAGCCCUUGAGUUCCCUGGAAAACCAGCCAGCUUCCAACAUCCAUGAGGGACAGGCUGGCAAAUCUACAGGGAUCCUCGGUGGCCUUCAAGAGAAGAUAAAGGUCAAAGACACAGGGGUCAAAGGUCCCUACUCCCAGCUGACCCAGGAAGAGCUGAUCUCCCUGGUGCUAAAGCAGCAGGAGCAGCUUUCCAAAAGGGACGAUAAGAUUAAGGAGCUGGAGCAGUACAUUGACAACCUGCUGGUGCGCAUCAUCGAGGAGCAACCCAGUAUCCUGAUGACCAUGAACUCACUCAAAUGAGUGUUCCUAAUCAUUCAGAGCAGGGCUUUACUAAAAUGUGCAUCUUCCUCAAUGCACAUGUAUUGGGCUGGUUGAAUAUUUCAGUCUGAAUUCACCUGACACCCAUGUACAGUAUACCAUACCAAGCACUGGCUUUCUGUUUCUACUGAACAGGUGCACUUUUGUUCAUUACAUUUUGAUUGUUGACUAUUUGAUUGCUCAUUACAUUUUGACUGAAUGAUUUUCUAACUUUAUGGUGUGUAAAGACCGUAUAAGAACAACAAAGCACAAGUUUAAAUAGGCCCGUGGGAAGUUGCCUUAUGUUUUUGACAGUU